AUGUUGCGAUCACGAAUACCAUUCUUUUUGCAACAUGACACAUCCGUUUUUAUAUCUACGCUUUAUAAUAAUCUUCAUACAUCGCAAAAUCUGGCAGGAAAAGGCAAUAAGAAACGUAAAAGCUGUGAAGCCACACCUAUAGCCGUAAUUUUAUGUGGAUGUGGCCGACUUGAUGGCACAGAAAUUUCGGAAGCUAUUUCAACAGCCAUUCAUUUACGACAUAAAGAUAUGAAGCCAAUAUUUUACGCUCCAGAUAUUCCACUUCGUAGCGUAGUGAAUCAUUUUACAAGAGAGAUAGAUACUACUAGUCCUAGAAAUGCUCUUGUCGAAGCUGCCAGAUUAGCAAGAGCAUGCAUUAAACCUCUUUGCGAGUGCGAAGCUUGUAAGCAUGGCGGUCUUAUUAUACCUGGAGGAUUUGGUGCUGCACGCACUUUGAGUAAUUUUGCCGAGAAAGGUACGGAUUGCACCGUGCUACCAGACCUAGAAGAUCUUAUUGAAGAUUUUUAUUGCGAGAAAAAGCCAAUUGGCACUAUGUGUAUAGCUAGUGCAAUUGUUGCUAAAGUAUUGAAGGGUGUGACAGUUACGCUUGGCAAGGACUCACCCAAGAAAGACUGGCCAUACGCUGAUGCGAUCAAGAAGGUUAAAGAUAUGGGCGCUAAAAUUGAAAUGCAAGAUGUUAAAGGAGUAACUUUCGACAAGAAAUAUGGCGUUUUCAGUACACCAGCCUGGUUGUACGAAGCCGCUACCUAUUCGGAAAUUCACGAAGGUAUUGGUCAACUUAUUACAAUGUUAAAAAAGUGUAUGAUUAAAUAAUAUGUUUUUGAAAAUCCUAUCUUGUAACUAUAUUACGUCUUAAAAAUUUACUAUACUAUAUAUACGUAUUUUAUAUCUAUUUGUAUGCUCUCUUUUAUAAACAAAAACUUUUAUAAAUAUAAACCUGUACGUUACUUUUGUAACUGGAAUAUUGUUUGUAUUAUGCACAUUUUAUUUCUACAAAUUAAAAAUAAUUAUUAAAUUAUUAAAAUUAAUGUUACCUACCUUGCAAAAGUGUAUUUUCCUAGCAUUAUUACAGGAUAUUACGGAUAGGAGAACGUUAUUUUCAAAAAAAUAUAUUUUAUUUAAUUUUUUUAUCACGCCCUUUCGAAAUAAAAUAAUUUGAAUUGGGCGUUUUGAAUACGUUGGGUAGAUCAAUAAUCUAAUGGUACAGUUAAUCUAAUCAACAACAAGUGAAACAACAAUGAAUCGAGAUCUACGGCGAAGAUUAUCCAUUGAUUUAGUAUUUCUGUUCGUUAGACAACGCGGCAAUCUUCGCCGCGAAUUUCGUCCGGGGUGAAAGUCGUUCUGGAAUUCUACAAGAAUUCUAGCACGAUCUCUUCACUUUAACUCUUUUAAUUUCAUAAUAAUUGCGAUUGGCAAGAAAUAAGUUUUGAGAUUUUCUUACUAAAUUAUAAUUUUGUCAUAAAUUUUGAAGCCUAUAGUCUCAUUAAAUCUGUCAGCACAAAAAAAGAUAGCAUAUUUUCAUAACCAAUAACGAAUACAAAAUGGGCAGUCUUUAUUAGUUUACUGAAUAUAUAUAGAUCUUCACAUGCUUAUAGUAUAUCCAAUUAAAAGUAAUAUUGCUGGUGCACGCGACCAUGAAGCCGCGCGUCUUUAACAUAAUAUACCACG